AUGCCCAUUGGGGACUCGCUCCAGGAGCAGCCUGGGGUCCUUGGGGGGCCUCAGGUUCGUGUCCUGCACCAGGCAGAAGAGCAGCAGAUGGCUGCUGCAAUCCAGCUGUGCCUGGGCCAGCGCCGGGCAGAGGAGCUGAGCCACGCACGGAUGCAGGAACAGGACGCCGGUGGGGCGUCCUCAGGGCCCAGCAGCUCCCGCAGAGCUAGGCCCCUGCGGCUUCGUGCCCCUCCCGGUGGGGCGACGGGCCUGCCUGGAGCCGCGGAGCAAGUCACGGGGGCGGAAGUAACAAGUGCCCACCCGCCUGAGAGCCCUGCGUUCCCACGGCUGCUCCGGCCUACAACGCCAGCCCUGGGCUUUCUGGGCGAGAAGCCGCAGGUGCCGGGCUGCUGGGGAUCCCGGGCCCCACACCCUCCCGCCGCGGCGGCCGCGGGCCCUCCCUCCCCUCCCUCCCCUCCCCCGGCCUGCGGGAGUGUGGCGUGUGGGGCCCUGUGCCCGUGUGAGCACGCACACCCCGGCCUUCCCUUUUGUUCUACCCUGACCUCUAGCUCGCGCUCUGGGGUGCAGGAGCUUCCUGCAGCGGCCGCCCGAGUGCAAGUGCGGACUCCUCUGGAGCUUGGCCACCCCCACCCCUGCAUUUGCGAUUGGCUCCGGGAAGGAGCGGCUGGCGCUGGCCGCCGCUGCAGCAUCUCCAGGGGAGCCGAGACCCUGCACAGCCGCCGCCCGCCCGCCCGCCCGGGACCGCCGCAGCCUCGGCAAACUUACCGGCUCCGGUGGGGGUGUGCCUGCCGGCCAGAUGGCUGUCGGAUUUCUUCCUCACAUCCUCAAGACAGAGGCGCUGAGCACCCUGCCACGAUUCUCGUCUUGGGAGCCGGAAUCCCCAGGGCCUGCUGGUGGAAGGCAGCAGCAGUCCAGAGGCUGAUGUCCCGAAGGGCUCUGGUCCUGUGUCCAUUGUGCUGGAGCGAGGGGCGCCGGGCCCUGGACCCGGCGGUGUGGCUUCUGCCGCGCGUCCUGGCCGCUGGUGCGCUCGGCAGUGGCCGCCUGCGUCCCGUGUCCGUGGCUGCUGGAAGAUGCUGAGUGUCCGUCCCGUGCGGCGGCGCCGUCCGCAGACGUCUUAAAACCCGUGUGACUGUGCGCCCUAAGACGCACACGCGGCAGCGGCUGCGGCCUCGUUCUCUGCGCACCCGGGGAACAGCGAGGCCGAGGGGACCGUGCCCGGGGCUCCCCCGCCACGCCGCCGCCCGCGCCUCGCCAGGCUGGGCUCCCGGGCGUCCCCGCCUUCCGGCCCGGACGGGGCCUGCGCUGCGGGGGGCUGGCCGCGCCGCUGCUGGAGCUU